AUGUCUCAUCGGCGUGGUAGGCAUGUAGCAGCCUCAAAACUCAAGGUCCCCUCUUGGAAUUCGGCAUGCAACUUCGCAAACGCAUGGGAAGGGCAAUUCAAGUCUGGUGCUCGAGUUGCUAAGGAGGUGCAGGACGGCCUGAAACAGCGUCGAGGCUACCUGAUGUCAUUACCUACAGAUACACGCAGGGCAUUUAGCAGCAUCGCUGCGAGUUCAGGCGCCCUCCCUGAUGACAACAUGGGUUUUCUGACUUCUGAAGACCACUGGCACGAUGAAAUCGACCAUGAUAUAUCUCAUGAAGGAGGCGAAUACGAGGAUGCAGUUAGUUGUGCAUUGCAAUUCGCAGCCCAGUCAAAGUAA